UUUUGUUUUUGCAUCGCACAUGAAUUUUGUAAAUAACAAACCGGUUUAAAAGAAUUGAAUGUAUUUGUUAUAUUCAUUCAGUAAUUAAUUGUGAAUUUAUUAAUGUAUAAAUCUUAAUAUAGUAUAUUAUUUCAUUUCAUAGUAGUGAAAUCUGUCAAUACUUACAGUGAUUUAGCUGAAAUAAUUUUAGGUAACCUCAAAUAUUUUACAAACGCAUUACGUACGCACCUUUUAUAGAAUCAAUUUGUAAACGAGUAACACAAAAAUUAUUAACAUGGACGUAGAUCUUUAUGAUGAAUUUGGUAAUUACGUUGGACCCGACCUGGCUUCUGAAAGUGAAGAUGAUAAUGACUCUAUCAAUGGAGGUAAUGAGUCCGAUGAUAAAGAAAGAUCUGAUGAAGAAAUGGAUGAAGAUAAGGAUGAUUCAAAGGCUGUUAUGGAGCAGUCCAUGACUGCAGUUACAUUGCAUGAAGAUAAACGAUAUUAUCCAAGUGCUUUAGAGGUUUAUGGCCCAGACGUUGAAACACUCGUACAAGAAGAAGAUGCUGAACCUUUAGACAAACCACUAGUAGCUCCAACAAAGAAAACGAAAUUUCAAAUAAAACAACAAGAGUUGCCUGAUACUACUUACAGUAUUGAAUUUUUAGCAGAUAUGAUGGAUGCUCCUCAUCUCAUUAGAAAUAUCGUUCUAUUAGGACAUUUACAUCAUGGAAAAACAACACUGAUAGAUUGUUUAGUUCGGCAGACCCAUCCGUAUAUGCAUAGUGUGACUGAUGAAAAACCACUGCGAUACACAGAUACACUUUUUACAGAACAACAAAGAGGAGUCUCUAUAAAAGCAUCACCAGUGACUCUUCUCUUACAAGACAUCAAAUCAAAAUCAUAUUUGAUGAAUAUUUUUGAUACUCCAGGACAUGUUAAUUUCUCGGACGAGGCUACUGCAGCAAUACGUUUAUCUGACGGUGCAGUUCUCGUAGUUGACGCAGCAGAGGGUGUUAUGCUCAACACUGAACGACUUUUAAAACAUGCCAUUCAAGAGAAAUUGGCUUUAACUGUUUGUAUCAAUAAAAUAGAUCGUCUUGUACUGGAAUUGAAACUUCCACCGUUAGAUGCUUAUUAUAAAUUACGUCAUAUUAUCGAAGAAAUCAAUAGCUUAAUAGCUUUAUAUUCAGACUCGGAUAAUCCAACAUUCAUUUCACCAGCCACAGGCAAUGUCUGUUUUGCUAGUUCUGAAUACAAUGUUUGCUUCACAUUGAAAUCAUUUGCAAUGCUCUAUGCUAGGAAUCAUCCAUCAUUAAUGGUUGGCGAGUUUGCAAAAAGACUUUGGGGUGAUUUCUAUUUCAAUUCCAAAACUAGAAAAUUCACUAAAAAGCCACCACAUAAUACAGCUCAACGAAGCUUCAUUGAAUUUAUUUUAGAACCAUUGUAUAAAAUUUUUGCACAAGUGGUUGGAGAUGUAGAUACUACUCUAACAGAUGUCUUAGAUGAACUAGGAAUUCGAUUGACUUCGGAAGAAAUGAAAAUGAACAUUAGGCCAUUGCUGAGAUUGGUAUGUACUAGAUUUUUAGGAGAUUUGUCUGGCAUUGUUGACAUGUGUGUAACACAUGUGCCUAGUCCUUCAGCCCACGCUGCGGCAAAGGUUCAACAUAUUUAUACAGGUCCAAUAGAUUCAUCUAUAGCUCAAGAUAUGAUCAAUUGUGAUCCUGAUGGAAAAUUGAUGAUCCAUACUUCGAAAAUGUAUCCAACAGACGAUUGCACAUUAUUUGUUGUACUCGGAAGAGUGAUGUCUGGGACAAUAGAAGCUGGACAGAAAGUACGUGUGUUGGGCGAAUCAUAUUCCCGGGCUGAUGAAGAAGAUUCCCGAGUUUUAACUGUAGGAAGACUAUGGAUAAGUGAAGCACGAUAUUCUAUAGAAUUAAACAGAGUUCCAGCUGGAAAUUGGGUUCUGAUUGAAGGCAUUGACAGACCUAUCGUCAAAACGAGUACAAUAACUGAUUUAAAUUUAAACGACGAUGCCUAUAUUUUCCGACCAUUGAAAUUUAACACCCAAAGUGUAAUUAAAAUUGCAGUAGAACCAGUGAACCCUUCAGAACUACCUAAAAUGCUGGAUGGACUUAGAAAAGUUAAUAAAAGUUAUCCAUUAUUGGGAACUAGAGUUGAAGAAAGUGGUGAACAUGUCGUCCUUGGUACUGGAGAACUAUACCUAGAUUGUGUCAUGCAUGAUCUACGUAAAAUGUAUUCCGAAAUUGACAUUAAAGUAGCAGAUCCAGUUGUUACUUUUGCUGAAACUGUUGUAGAAACAAGUUCACUUAAAUGUUUUGCUGAAACACCAAAUAAGAAAAAUAAAUUAACAAUGAUAGCUGAACCAUUAGAAAGAGGGUUGGCCGAAGAUAUUGAGGCUGAAAAAGUUCAAAUAACUUGGAACAAGAAACGUUUAGGAGAAUUUUUUCAAACAAAAUAUGACUGGGACUUACUUGCUGCUCGUAGCAUAUGGGCUUUUGGUCCAGAUGCAACAGGUCCUAAUAUUUUGGUAGACGACACACUUCCGUCUGAAGUUGAUAAAGCUUUACUAGGUAGUGCAAGAGAUGCUAUAAUUCAAGGUUUCCAAUGGGGGACACGAGAAGGUCCACUUUGUGAAGAACCUAUUCGAAAUGUGAAAUUUAAAAUUCUUGAUGCCGUUAUUGCUCAGGAACCUUUGCAUCGAGGAGGUGGACAAAUUAUCCCAACAGCUAGAAGAGUCGCCUAUUCUGCCUUCCUUAUGGCAACACCAAGAUUAAUGGAACCCUAUUUAUUCGUGGAGGUUCAAGCUCCUGCAGAUUGUGUUUCUGCUGUAUAUACUGUUUUGGCUAAACGACGUGGUCAUGUAACUCAGGAUGCACCAGUACCAGGAAGUCCUUUGUACACGAUAAAAGCUUUUAUUCCAGCAAUUGAUAGCUUUGGAUUUGAGACUGAUUUACGUACUCACACCCAAGGUCAAGCCUUUUGCUUAUCAGUAUUUCAUCAUUGGCAAAUUGUUCCUGGUGAUCCCUUAGAUAAGAGUAUCACAAUCAGACCAUUAGAACCACAACCAGCUACUCAUUUAGCUCGUGAAUUCAUGUUGAAAACGAGACGACGUAAAGGUUUGUCUGAAGAUGUUUCUAUUAACAAAUUCUUUGAUGAUCCUAUGUUAUUAGAAUUAGCUAGACAAACUGAAUUCCUCAAUUAUCCACUUUAAAAUAUUUGUUAUGCAUAACGAACUUAAUUUUUAAGAUUAUAAUUAUUUAAUUGGAAUAAGUUAUAAAUUAAAAGAAUGUAAA